AUGGCACACUUGUGCACGAACAUGUUCACUGAGAAGAGUUGUCUGUCUUCAGUUGUUAAUAUGGACGGGCGGGAAAACGUAGUGCUUUGUGCUGCAGCUUGUGUUUUAUUAAGUCUUCUUAAAAAGAAACGAAGAAAGAAACCGCGUUGUUGGGUGAGGCCUUUCCUACAGCGACGAAAUGAAGAAACGAAUAAAUUUGUAGAAGAAAUAAAAAUAGAUCCAUUGAGUGGAUUUAAAAAUUUCACUCGAAUAUCGUGCGAAGAUUUUGAGUUGCUGGUCAAUGCAGUUAGUCCUCUUAUUGCUAAGCAAGAUACAAACUACAGAAAAUGUGUCCCUGUUUCAAUAAGGCUUGCAAUUACUUUAAGAUAUCUUGCUACUGGAGAUUCUUUUGCAAGUUUAAUGUAUUUAUUUAAAGUUUCAAAAGAACUUAUUGCUCGGAUUGUACCUGAAACCUGUAAGGCGUUGAUAAGCGUGUUGAAUGAAAAUAUUAAGAUGCCUAACACUUCAGAAGAAUGGAUGAUGAUAGAACGUCAAUUUGACCAUCUAUGGAAUUUCCCUCAUUGCAUUGGGGCUAUGGAUGGCAAACAUGUUGUUGUUCAAGCUCCAAAGAAUACUGGAAGUGACUUUUUUAAUUACAAAGGUGAUUUCAGCAUUGUACUUUUAGCACUGGUUGAUGCAAAUUAUAAAUUUACGUACGUAGAUGUCGGUUGUAAAGGAAGAAUAUCGGAUGGUGGUGUCUUCAAAAAUACUGGAUUCUAUGCUAAUCUUCAGCAAGGAAAAUUAAAUUUGCCUCCACCUUAUGCGCUACCCGGAAGGAACAAACCAAUUCCACAUGUCAUUGUGGCAGAUGAUGCUUUUGCAUUAGAUAUAAAUUUAAUGAAACCAUAUCCCGGUCAACAUGACAAAAGAUCAAAAGAAAGAACAUUUAACUAUCGGUUGAGCAGAGCGAGACGUGUUGUGGAAAAUGUAUUUGGCAUUUUGUCCGCUGUAUUUCGCGUACUCAGAAAACCUAUACUGUUAGCUCCAGAAAAGGCACAAUUAAUAACAUUGACAUGUUGUUACUUGCAUAAUUUUUUGAUGACACAAAAGUCGUCUGCGCAACUUUAUACUUCUUUUGGCAGUUUUGAUACUGAGAACCAAAUUACUCAUAGCACUAUCGAUGGAAGUUGGCGGCGCGAUGCACCCAUGGCAAACUUACUACCCUUAAGACAUAUCGGAAGAAGACCAUCUGGUGAUGCGAAAGACAUACGAGAAGAAUUUGCACAUUAUUUCCAAACUGACAUCGGAAUGGUGGCAUGGCAAGAAACACUAGCGUAA